AUGCCCGCCUCCCCCUCCGCAGUAACACACGCCUACCGGGCCCUCUACAAGGCCGGGCUCGCGGCCGUGCAGUACUCGCACCCGGCGCGCUACGCCGUCCGCGACAAGCUGCGCGACGCAUUCCGCAACCCCCGCCAGCCCCGCCAGUUGCUGGGGGAGAAGGAGCAGUUCUCGCAGGAGCGGAUCGAUAAUACGGUUGAAUUUCUGCGCACGGCGGCGCGCAGGAAGGGCAUGGAGCAUGAGAUUGUGAGGAAUCUCACGUUGGUGCAUUAUUGGAGGGUCAUGAGGAAGCAGAGGUAG